UUUUGGUGAAUUCAUAGAAAGUGAGGUUAUGUUACAGAUGUAGAAUAUAAUUCGAUCGACAACAGUAAUAUUAUUAUUUACACACGAAGUUUCACUACAAUGAGUAUCCACGCUCGAAAUAUCGAAGAAGUCCACGACAUGCCCAUGUCCGCCCUCAUACGCCCCUUCCAACCAGAACUCGACGACGCCAAAGUGGCGUCUUUAAUGGAAACCUUGUCCCAUCCACAGAAGAAGGACGAAGUUCCGCCCAUAGACGUCUUAUGGAUCGUCGGACGUGAAGGUGGGAAUUAUUUUUACAGUUUCGGGGGUUGCCACCGCUACGCCGCGCAUAAGAAGCUUAAGUCACCUACUAUUAAAGUCAAGUUGGUUAAGUCGACGAUGCAAGAUUUGAAAUGCUAUUUAGGGAGCAGCACGCCGGACUUGAAAUGAUAAUGAGGCUGUUUUGCAUACAUUUGUGUCAAGUAUAAAACCUGUAUAAUUAAACAUAAACAUGUUAUGCAACGUAAAUAAACAAGGUUGAUAACGCGGAUGACCUGUGAAUGUCGCUUAUAUCUGAAUUGUUUUAUAAUUAUUGGAUCAAUUUAGCAACAAAAGUAACAAUCUUGUUCAGACACCAGAUACGAUGUUGGAAGGUCACCUGCUUGGACUGAAGUUCAACCGUUGUUUAUUUGCAUUUAUUUUGUAUGCGACAAAUGUUUUGAUAAAAUUCUAUUUUCUGGUACGAAA